UGCACAGACAUUGGAUUUCUGUUGUUCAGAUCGAUAAAUCGUGCAGUUGAAUAUGUUGGCUCUACGCAGCGCUGUUUUGGGAACUGCCAGAAAUGUUCCGGCCGUGUUGGGAUGCCGCAGCAAGCACACCCUGCCGGAUUUGCCGUACGACUUUGGCGCUUUGGAGCCGGUCAUCUGCCGUGAAAUCAUGGAGGUUCACCACCAAAAACAUCACAAUGCCUACGUCACGAACUUGAACGCCGCUGAAGAUCAACUGAAGGAGGCCGUGGCCAAGAAUGAUACUUCGAAGAUUAUCCAGCUGGGCGGUGCGAUCAAGUUCAACGGCGGUGGUCACAUUAAUCAUUCGAUCUUCUGGAAGAAUCUUUCACCGGAACGCUCGGAUCCGUCGGCUGAGCUGAAGAAGCUGCUGGAUCGGGACUUGCAAGGUUUGGAAAACUUCAAGAAGGAAAUGAAGGCCGCUGCCGUUGCAGUCCAAGGUUCCGGUUGGGCUUGGUUGGGUUAUAAUAAGAAGACGAAAUCUCUGCAGGUUGCUGCCUGUCCAAACCAAGACCCACUGGAAGCCACUACUGGCUUGGUUCCACUUUUCGGAAUCGACGUUUGGGAACAUGCUUACUACUUGCAGUACAAGAACCUGCGACCAAACUACGUCGAUGCCAUUUGGGAUGUCGUCAACUGGAAGGAUGUCUCCGAGCGCCUGGCGAAGGCACAAUAAAACCGAAAAACGUGUGCUUAAAUAUGUGCUUGUAACGAUUAGGUAGGGGCCCUCAAAAUUUACAUUGUACACACAAAAAAAGAUGUAACUCAAAAGUAAAAAAAAAAAACAUUAAAUUUGGGCCACACAUAAGGGUAGUUCAUUUAUUAUCAUAUAAUACGGGAUAACAUGAAAAUUUAUCGAGUAAUUUGAUGCAAAUUAUCCAUUAAUCACAAA